AUGGAUGACAAAGAAGAUGAAGACACCCCUCAAGAGGCCCCUCAGGAGAAUUUGGUAGAAUUAAAAGUGAAGAAAUCACGAUGUAAAGCAGCAUUCACAAGGGCGCGUAAUAAAAUGAAAGACAUUUUAAGCGAUGAUACGCCAAAUAAAGAUCUUGCGAAAGAGUCUCUUGACAAGGUUGAAGAGGCUAUGGUCAUGGCAGUGCAAAGUGUUCAAGACCUAGCCUUAGUGGUGAAAGAUUCAACAGAAUUGGCAAGUACUUUGAAUGAAAUUGACAUUUUUGAAAAACAGUAUGAUGAACUCGUGAGUUUAUAUGAUGAAGUUUUUACAGUAAGCUCCAAGUCUGACCACAAAGUAAGCUCCAAGUCUGACAACAAAGUAAGCUCCAAGUCAGACCAAGAUCAUGAAUCAAACCAUGAAGAAGGCAGUAAAUCAGAUUCUGCAUUAGGCAAAGACAUGUGGAAACAACUUCAAAGAGUAAAGAUUCCCGUGUUCACUGGUGACAAAACAAAGUACCCUGCAUGGAAGGCAGCUUUUCAAGCAUGUAUUGACGAAUCGCCAAGUACCCCACAGUACAAACUUCUGCAGUUACGCCAGUACCUAGGUGGCGAAGCGCUACAUUCUAUUGAAAAUCUGGGACAUUCGAAAGAGGCAUAUAACGCUGCAAAGGAAAGGCUUGACAGGAAAUAUGGUGGUACCAAAAGAGUAGUGAACCAAUUCUUAGAUGAGUUAGAGAAUUUCCAGCCUUUAAAGAAUGAAUCACCUAAAGAACUUGAAAAAUUCGCUGAUUUACUUGACAUUGCAGUUAUUAACUUAAAGGAAGUAAACCAUCUUCAUGAUCUUGAAGGAGGGUCGUUAUACCACCGUUUGUUAAAGAAACUGCCACAAACCAUGUUAACACGCUAUAUGAGAACACUCCAUGACAAAUCGUUACCAGACUCUGUUGAAACAUUGAGAACGUUUGUGAAUGAAGAGACGGAAUAUGCAGUUCAUGCAAAUGAGACAAUUUAUGGUUUGAAACACCAAGAAAACCCGCGAAUGAAACCCCAAAAGACCUUCUUCAUAAAAACAGACGCAAGGCAAAAACAAUCUGUUAAAUGUCAAAUUUGCAGAGAAAAUCACAAUGCAUGGGAAUGCAUGAAAUUCAAGGCUAUGAAUGUAGAAGAACGAUGGAAACAAGCAAAAUAUGCUGGACUUUGCUUCAGAUGCCUUAAAGGUAAUCAUAUGGGGAAAGAAUGUAGAUUAAAGGGACAGUGUGGAAUAAAUAGUUGCACAAAGACACACUACAGACUAUUACAUAGAGAUGCUUUGAAUGUGAAUGCUAAAGCAUUUCUCCCAGUACCACAAGAGGAUGUCUCGAAGACAUAUAGUGCUCAUAAUAGAUCAAGUAUUGCUCUGAGAACCAUUCCGGUAGUAGUAUCAGCAGGCAAUCGUGAAUUAGUCAUCAAUGCAUUGUUAGAUGACGGGAGUACAACGUCUUAUCUUAAUGAAGAUGUUGCAUGUGAAUUACAACUCCAAGGUGAAAGAAAAACCAUUGAAGUAAGUGUGAUGAAUGGAAAAUCAGAUAGAUUCAGCACUAUGGAUGUUAUGUUCAAACUUCAGAGCUUAAAUAGAAAAUAUGAACUUUCAAUGGAAGCACAAACAACAAGAAAUGUAACUGGAAAACUUCAAACAGUGAAUUGGCAAAUAAUGAAAGAGCAGUGGCCACAUCUUAAAGACAUACCAUUCCCAAGUACUGGUAGAAAGAAGAAGAUAGAUUUACUGAUAGGUCUUGACUAUGCGCACCUUCAUAGGUCACUUGGAGAGAUAGUAGGUGGUGAUGGUGAACCAGUGGCUAGAUUGACACCACUUGGAUGGACAUGUGUUGGGCCAAUAAAUAGAGAGAAUAAUCAUGAUAGCACCAGCAUGUUUGUGUUUCAUGCUAAUAAUACCUUGGAGACUUCAUUGAAACAGUUUUGGGAAGUUGAAAGUGAAACGGAAUGUAACCAAAUGUCACUAGAAGACAAGAAAGUGCAGGUUAAAAUAGAAAACAGUAUUGAACACAAAGACAAUAGAUACAUAGUUCCAUUGCCAUGGAAAUCAGAUAAAGAAACAUUACCUGACAACUAUAGUAGUGCCUUAAACAGACUAUAUGGUACUGAGAAAAAAUUGAAGAAAUCUCCUGAAUUGAAGCAGGAGUAUAGUGACAUUAUAAGAAAAUAUGAAGAGAAAGGCUUUAUUAAGAAGGUUGAAAGAAAAGACAAUGAAAAAGGAUGGUAUUUGCCACAUUUUGCUGUAGUGAGGCCAGAAAAAGAAACAACAAAAGUUCGCAUUGUGUUUGAUGCAUCAUCCAAACAUGAAGGCACAAGUUUAAAUGAGUACCUAAGUACAGGUCCAAAAUUGCAAAGAGAACUGUUUGAUGUGUUGCUAAGGUUCAGAAGAAAUCAGAUCGCAGUUGUCUGUGACAUAGCGGAGAUGUAUUUGAAAGUUGGCCUAGCAAGUGAGGAUCAAAAAUACCAAAGAUUCAUAUGGAGAGAAUCACCAGAGAGCCCCAUCAAAACAUUUGAAUUCACACGUUUAGUGUUCGGAGUUAACUCAUCACCAUAUCUAGCCCAGUAUGUAUCUCAACAUAAUGCUGUGCUCCAUGCUGACAUAUAUCCGAUGGCGGCUGAGACAAUUCUGAAGUCUACUUACAUGGACGAUAGCAUGGAUUCUACGAAAAACGUGACAGAGGGAAUAGAACUAUGUAGACAAUUGAGAGAGCUGUGGCAGAAAGCUGAUAUGCAUGCUAGAAAGUGGAUUUCAAAUUCACUAGAAGUGUUAGAAACAAUACCAGAAGAAGAUAGAGCAGCAGAAAUAGAUUUAGGAACAGGAAAUCUGCCAAUAACAAAGCUCUUGGAAUAUCCUGGCAAGCAAAACAUGAUGAAUUUAUAUUCAAAGUCGGUGACGAAAUGA